CUAAAAAUAACCCCCACCAUAGUAUCGCCACCGAUAUGACUACUCCGCAGCCAAGAAGCUCAUGGUGGUACAAACUCCGGGAGCGAUUCGGCUUAUUGCAACCAGCGCUGCUAUUGGUGAGCACCAUGGGCAUAUUUCUGGUCGUGGGCGCCCUGAUUUCGCUCUGGACAUGGACAGUCAACGACAAUCCCUCCUCCGUUCGCUCUAGAAUCCUGUAUACCGGCUGGUGCAAGUCGAUAAUCGCCAUCUUCAGCGCCAUCCUGCGAACGUGCAUGGCCGUGCAGGUGGGAACCUGCUGCUUGAUGAUGGCGACGCUUGCCUUCGAGAAGGACUGCGUGCUGUUGCAGGACGCCGCAUCGAUGUCCAUCCGCCGCUACGCCGCCAGCUCGCCGUUCACCCUUGCGUCUCCCGUCUUCCGCGGCGCGCGCGUCAGCAAGAACUUCGGCAUCGUCAUUCUGAUCGUCUUCUUGUCGCUCGCGAUGGUUCUCUCGCAGGCCCUCUCGGCGAUCCUCCUACACGAUCUGCACCUCGAUUACGUUCGCGGGCCACGGUCGCAGGAAACCUACCAAACCCACGUCGGAGAAAUAUUCGACGCCUCGCCCAUAGAUCCGCUCGGGCAGCGACCGCUGACGUUCCCGCGGUUCGCGGAGCGAAUCGGGCGCUCGUUCGCCCUUUCUGAGAACCCCACGAGCCGCGGGCUUCGCGAUACGGGCGCUACCGUGCGGGCAUACCCAGAGUUCGGACAGGCAUCGGACCGGUCAUCGCUGCUGUACUACCACGGGCGCGGCGCCGUGAUGGAGGCGCACGUGCUCUGCGUCUCACCGGACAUUGACGAGCUGGUGCUUGCCGAGCACGACCGCGUGACUGGGCGGCUGCGCUCCGACUACCUGUACGCCUCCGCCGCGCGGCUAGAGGCGGAGGGCUCGUACAGGUGGAACGGCGCACAGCCUGCCGCAGACCUGGUGUGGAACUUCAACUGCACGCUCGGCGAUGUCGACGGCGUUUCGCUGUGUCCGCUGAAACCCCCCGCCUCCAUCCCAUGUCCCGGCUUCCCGACGCCGUGUCUCCUCGCGCCUACGAACGCGUGGUUCCUCAUCAUGGACGAGAUCACGCCGGGCUGGACCGAGUUUGGCGGAGGCCGCAUGGCAAAAGACGAGCCACUGGUCCAGCAGCUGUACAACCGCACCGGCUACGUUUACGACGGGACGGAGUGGGUGACGAAGAUCAUCGAAUGGAGCAGUCCAGCCGCCGACCCGCCCAAUGUAUCCGCGCAAUACGGCACGCGGAUGUCGCUGUGCGUCGUCGCCUCGGGGAAUUCGAUGGCGACGAUUAAAGCUCGGGCUGGCACGCGGGCAGACGAGCCAGAGUACAGCUCUCGCUGGGGCAACGUCUCUACCACAAACGCGAUCCAGUCGCAGCUAUCGAGUGGCCCGGAUCUGGACAAGCGUGGAAUCAUGGAACUUGUCGACUACUCGGUGUCCGAGUACAAGGAGUUCACGCACGUGGUACAAACGAUCCGCGGCGGGUAUGCGGGGCACUUGACGCGCGAGGCGGGCGAUGACGGCUACGAUGACUCCGUCAAGCUUGAGCAGCUCGAGGAUACAUACGUGGCCAUGCUGGCAUUCCACCUGUGGAAUAACGACACCAACAGCUCUAUCGCCUUCGGCCUGCAGGGGAUUUUCUCCCUGCUCACCUCCCGCGUAUUCUACGACUCGUUGACGAACCCGCAGGAGGACUGGCGUGGCGUGCACAUAUCCGACGACCCCGCCAGCACCGCCAGCGCCACCACCCCCGGUGCCCCAGCCGAAAACGACACGAGCGACUACCGCUUCGUCACGCGCACCGUGCAAAUGACAAAAUCCUCGCUAGUGCCAAUCCAGAUAACGGGGCUACUCAUUUCCUGCGGGAUCCUGGGCUUCCACCUUCUCUCCGUCGCUACGGUGUUCUGGCUGUACUUUACGUGCAAGGCGCCGAAGUUCCUGGAUCAGGCGUGGCGUACGGUGGGACAGCUAUAUCGCGGUCAGGGAAACGUGUUCCUGCAUGAGACCGGGAGUAAGUGUGAUUUGGAGGUCGCAAGGCUGCCUGGCGCGGUCGACAACUGGAAGAAAACGGUCAGGCUCACGAGGGAGUCCGAGAUCGCGGUUAAGGAUGGCGAUGCCGCGAAGGGUGCGGUUGAUAGCAAUGCGACGCCAGUGGUCGACGAGAAAUCUCAGCUACCGGACGGCACCGGGCGGGUGAUGUUCGGUGAUGUACGCGAAAUCAAGUAGUCCGUUGAGGAAUAGGCGAAGUAGGACUGGAUGGAAGAGGGCCGCAGCCCAGAGGCGAGGAUAGGCUCACGGAUAAGAGCGGUGGACAGGGGAUGAUACGAUCGAUGCAUGCACGGUAGAGGAAAGCGAGUCGGAGCAUGCAGGGUUUCUUUUCCUGUUAAACUACAUACACACCUAUCUAGAAAGCUGGGAUUCUGGGGAUCGGCGGUGCGGAAAUAAUUGAAGUUACUGGUAGUGGCUGUAAA